AUGAUCUCAAAAUUAAAGGAAGAAGGUGCUCAUGAUGAAGCAAAACAAAGGAAGGGGAAAAUGAAGAAAGCAAGAACGUGUUCAAGACAAGGGCAAUUUCUAAGAGGCAAUCCAAGAAUUUUUAGGGUUUCACCAUUUUUUGGAGGUAAAGAUAGGCACAGCAAAGUUUGUACAAUAAAAGGGUUAAGAGAUAGAAGGAUUAGGCUUUCAAUUCCAACAGCAAUUCAACUUUAUGAUUUGCAAAACAAACUUGGUUUAAGCCAACCCAGCAAAGUCAUUGAUUGGCUUAUUGAUGUCACAAGGUUUGAAAUUGAUAAGCUCCCACCACUCCCUUUUCCAAAAGAUUUUGACCCAAAUGCUUCAAUUCUUCAUCAUUCUGAUAUUGGAGAUGCUGCUUUCAAGGCCAAAAAUGAAGAAACUGAUCACACACUUUUGGUUCAAACCAAUGACAUUAAUGGAGUCUGUUCCCAUUUUGAACCUCCAACCUUUCCAUUCCCCUUCAUGGACGAUCAGACUAAUUCAGCCCCAUUUUCCUUCUGA